UUAGUUCGUUAGUCGGAACCCUCGGUGCCGCUACUUUACGUUUGAAGCUCCUCAACCCCACCCGGACAGACCCCUCUCUCUCCCUCUCCCUCUCCCUCUCCCUCUCCCUCUCCUUCUCUGCUCGAAUGCUCUGAAGAGUCUGUCAGGUGCAGAAAAUGGUGAGACUGACUGCGGACUUGAUCUGGAAAAGCCCUCACUUCUUCAAUGCCGUUGGAGAUCGAGAGCUUGAUCUUCGAGGGAAUAAGAUUGCUGUUAUUGAAAACGUGGGUGCGACGGAGGACCAAUUUGACACUAUCGACUUGUCAGACAAUGAGAUUGUCAAGCUUGAAAACUUUCCCUAUCUAAAUCGGCUCGGCACUUUGUUCAUAAACAACAAUAGAAUUACUCGUAUCAAUCCUAAUAUUGGAGAGUACUUACCGAAGCUGCAUACAUUGAUUCUUACGAACAACCGGCUUGUAAACUUGGUGGAAAUUGACCCUCUUGCAUCUCUUUCAAAACUGCAAUCUCUUAGCCUUCUGGACAAUAAUAUUACAAAGAAACCCAAUUAUCGGUUAUAUGUGAUCCACAAAUUGAAAAGGCUGCGAUUGCUAGACUUUAAGAAAGUGAAGCAGAAGGAGCGAGCUGAAGCAGAAAAAUUAUUUGCAUCAAAAGAAGCAGAAGAGGAGGUUAAAAAGGCAUCUGUGAAGACAUUUACACCGGGCGAGGUGCUGCAUGUUCCGGAGGUUUCAAAGGAUGAACAGACCCCUAAAGUUGUUGCUCCGACCCCAGAGCAAAUUAUAGCUAUCAAGGCUGCAAUUGUAAAUUCCCAAACGCUUGAAGAAGUUGCAAGGCUUGAACAGGCAUUGAAGUCGGGCCAACUUCCUGCAGAUAUGAAGAUUCCAGAUGAUGAUACGGACAUGGCUACUGACCACACUAAAGACGACAAAAUGGAUACAGAUGGUCAGAGCGAUGCUAAUGAUGAGUCAAAAGAUGCCGAAGAUCAACAUCAGAAUGACAAUCCUACACCAAUUGAACAGGAGUAAGAAGAGGUUCUUUUCUGUUUUGCUUAACCUCCAAGGAAUAUCAUUCAGGCUCCAAGCUAGCUGGAGUGAUUGUGGAUGUUUCUAGAAUUAUCCUUGCACUCAGAUCUUUACUCUUUGUAACUCCCUGGGGAAAAGCGUUUAUUCUAUCUAAAGUGAUCUGUCACAUCCAAGAAAAUUUUGCUAUGAAGCUAGUGAUCUUUUAUUAGUAGAGAAUUGAAUCUCAAUUUGCUAGAAGCAUUGACCUGAAUGAUGGAAAAUGAAGAAAAGUCCCAACUGUUUGGUGACUGUUCAACCAAA